AGGCGUCAGUCCGCGUCAAGACCUCGCGAGUGGAGGUUGUGUUGGUUCGCGUUAUUUUCACAUCGAAACUUUCGUGGAAAACGGUCUAAUUACUUUUAUCGUGAUUUCGCAAGUUUUGUGGUUUUUGUCAGUGAUACUUUUUGUGAAUACAUAUUGAAGUUGAUUUGUGUGGAACCAGAAUAUAUAGUGUUGUUUUUGGAAUGUUAUGGUCACAGGUAGUGCCGUUUUGAAGUGAGCGGAUUCUUUACGACUUUGCCUGAAUGAAUCAAAAAAACAGCUUCCAUUAUUGACUGCGUGCCCUAAAUAGAAGUCAUCAGGUCAUAAAAGUGAGACAGUGCAGUGCAGUGAGUGAGGAUGUGUUAGUUCACGAUGCCGCGACAGCGGCGCUGGAGUCGCGUGACGUAGGCAAACAAAAUGGCGGACGCCAGUCCCGCCACCUCGAUCAUCGAGGGCACUGUCAAAUUCAGAGAUGGGAAAAAGUGGAAAUCGAGAUGGUGUGUCAUGAGAAAGUUGUCUCCAGUAGCAGAUUGCGUCCACCUCCAACUCUACAAGGACCUGAAGGAGAGACAGAAGAACGGUCAGACGAAGUCUUCUCUCUCCCUUCAACAAUACCUGGGCUUCGAGUCCGGGUUUACCCUGGACAAAGAGUCCAACACCCUCGCCAUACUGUGUGAAGAUGUGGUUCCGGUGCUAGCGUUCGAUACCCGGGAAAGUCUGAUCCAGUGGAGGGUCAAGGUGCAACACAACCUUGGCAGCAGCAAAGAGUUCGCGGCAGUCAUCAUAUCGUCCCCAUCAGAGAGGAACAUACGAGCUGGUCCGGUCAGGUUACACGCCUGUGGUCCGCGGCUGGCGCUGUGUGCCAACAGACCACCAGAGGUCCUUGCGCUUUGGGAGGUCAAAUUGCUGAGACGUUUCGGCAUAGUAGACAAGCGAUUCUGCGUGGAGGGGGGGUCGCGGUGCGGGCGGGGGGAAGGGCUGUUCGUGUUCGCGGCGGAGGGGGGACGUGACCUUACUGAGCUGCUCAACCUGCAUAGCCACGAGGCGCAGUCACGGCUCAGCAUCGCUUCCAGGAGUGGAUCAGUUAUGGACAAGCGUUUCUCCGACACGAGCUCGUGUAUGGAUGACUUCCACCCAUCAUUGCGAUCAGUCUCCCCAUCCUGGGCUGGCGGCUGUCCACCGAGUCAUACCAUGCACUGCCUGUCAGACCUGGACACUAGCCUCGAGAGCAAUGGAGAAGAGAAGUUCAGAAGACCCACCUCACUGCCACGAUGCUCCAGCUGUAUUGGGAAGAUCAGCCAUUUGACCAGGUCUUCGACCAUGAACACACCAGGCUCCAUGAUGUCACCUGUAUGGACUAUGGACAACAUCAUAGAAAAGCGUUCAGACUCCGACAGAGCUUCAAUAUACUCCCGAUCAAGUGGAAGCGCCUCUGAGUACAGUGUGCCACGCAGUGCGUGCCUUUUAGACAAGAGUUUUGAGUCCAAACGGGGUAGCCCUGUGGCGUGCUGUACGCCCACGGUGCCUGCCAAGACUGGGUGCUCUUGUCAGUGUUGGCAGCAGCCCAAACCGUGCACUUGUAGAAAGAAGUCCUACAGUGGACCUUACGAGAAUUACGACGUGCCAAAGACGCCUAUGCCUUUAAUUCAGGAACACCCAGUUGACACCAGCACAGACGCAGCAAGCCUGUACGAUACACCAAAGAAACUGAAAUGCCUCAUGAACGGUCAGGCUUGCAAUUGUUCCCAGAACGACACCACACCGGAAGAUAACCUCCAAAUCAACGAGAACAACAACACAUGUGAUACUAGCGUUAACAACAAUGAAGACACUACCCUAGAAUCACACUCGAACUACGUCAAUGUUACCCCAGUUACCAAAAAGCCAAUGCCACAAUUAGACUAUGGAAAUUACGCAAAUUUAGACCUAUCUGCUACUUUAGAGAAGUUUGAGAGUUCUCUGCAGAUUUUAAGAAGCGCAGGGUUCAGCCAAGAGGAACUUGAUGCGUUAGACGCGAUCCCUGAAAACGACGACGACGUUUCGUCAGCGACAACGAACACUGUUCAUCCUACUGACUGCUGCAAUGAGCAUUUAAACUACAUGCACAUGGAGCCUUUAGAAGUUAGCAGUUCGAGUAACAGCAACAGAAAUUGCUCGGACAACAUUAGCAGAAUUAGUCACGUUUCAGACCCAACACAACAUUCUGAAAGUGACAACACAAUAAGUACCAGACGAUCAAGUUCCGCUGACUUUACUAAAAGACACGACGAUGAUUUCAGCAUUAACAGUCAUUGCUUCACACCAACUGUACUCAGGAAGGCCAGCAAGAACGCAUGUAUAAGUGAAGGUGUACCAUUCAGAAUCAACACACCAGAAAUAAUCGUACCGAAAGACAAAACCUUUAAACUGCCCGAAUCUAAAACGGAAAAUAUGUUAGUUGCUAGAAUAAGAGAUGCCGUAAAAAUCAGAAGGUCAUCAAGUGUUCCAAGUAAAUCUGACAAAAAUAGAGAUUCAUCCAGUUCCAACGAUUCUGGAGUGUCAACUGGUUCGUUGAAACAUCAUAGAGGGGACCUUAACGAUUUCGAAAUGCCGAUAACAAAUUCGAAGUCUUGCAAGAAGCAUUUAAAAGCUAGUAAACAGAUUCGACAGAGUUUGACUCCAGUCCAUACGCCCUUUGUAAAGUCGAGUUCAUCGGAUCCCCUGAAGAACUUGACAUUUCAUUUCGAGGAGCUCACGAAGUCCAAUUCAUGUGACGUCGACACUUUGACGAGAAGAAAGAAGAGAAAUGGAGACGCAGACAUCACAGCACGCCACAGCCACGUGACCAACAAGAGCACGUCAAGCGGGGCAUCCGACACGUCAGACUACAUGGAGUCUCUGUCAGUGUCCUCUUUCAGCUCCUGUGACGUGUCAGCUGACAGGCACGCGGCAAGACCCAGGUCCGGGAAGGAAUACGCCAGCAUCGACCGGGCUGCCUUAGCCAGCGUUUGUGAUGUUGGUCCAACUGCUUAAGUGAUCGUUGGUAUUACUGUUAAGUCGUUCUGGCAUUGAAGCCUUAGCCAAGUUGCAAACGAUUAUGACAGUGAUAAAAAUAUAUGGGAUUGACAUGUCAACUUAUGUCAUAAUCAUUAACAACUUGGCUAAUCCGUCGGGUAUCAAAACAGGAAAAACGUUACCUUACCUGGUGUUAGCUGUUUUCAUUUUGAACAUUUUGCUAGUGGCGCGACUGUAUGUCCUAGUGAGAUAUGGCCCUACUUCUUGAGACACGGUAUGUCUUGUGAUAUCGUGUUGUUUUUUGUGUGCUGGAUCACACAUAGUUACACAAAAGUUACAAAAACGUUGUAACUUUUAACAUCCAUAACCUGGAAUAGACUUGGUCUUUGUUGGCAGCCAUCUUGAAGUUAAUUUGAUACGUGAAUUUGCCUUAGCAGAUAAUUCGCCAAGUUAUAAUGAACAGUUUAGCAAGGAGUAGAAACUCAUUUUACGAACAACAUUUAUUACCUAAUUAUGGCAACACUACCCUGUAAAACGUAACAUGAUUAGAAUGACAGCAGGACAGAGAUAUAGUACAUCGUCUAGUGCGAAAGAGAGGAGAGAUGUGUGUGCAGCUUAUGAAAGAGAGGAAAGAUAUUCUAAUCAUGUUAUAAAGAGUAUACAGCCAGGACACAAAUCAAUGGUCAAUAUUCAUUGACGGAAUGAGGAUAAAAACUAGAAGCUCAAAUGUAGGCGGCAGCACUGUUGAGUGCUUUUUAAAUUGUGAUAGUUCUCCAUACUGUCCAGCUAAAAUUCGGGAUAAACUGCUAUAAACUGUGGAGCAACGUGGUGUAUCCCGUAUGAAGGAAGAGUUACGAAAAAAAAAGUAAGUUUUCUUCUUUAUGGGAAUAAAUAUAACACUAUGAUUUAGCAAUUAAAUGCUGCGCAAAGGCUUAUAGUGUAAAAAUAUAACCAAAGUAAUACGUUUGUUUACUCAAACAGUACGGGGAACUGUCAAAAUUUAAGAACACUAGCGACACCUGAUGGGAGAAAUAGGCAGUUUUUACCAUUGGGUCAAUAGCCAUCAGAGUUGCCAAUAAACAUAAUACAUCCACAAUUUGUCCAAUUGUUGUUGGUGUACUAAGUUUUAAGAUUUUAUCGUCACAACAAUAUUUCUACUUAUAAGACAAUUGAAUAAUAUAAUUUUAUACAGCCAAAUUAAAGUGAUCGAAACUUAAAGCUAUUAUUUUUGUGUAAUAUCACCAUGUAUAUACUGUUGGGUAUAUCGAUACAUGAAAACAUUAUACACAGUUGUUCCUAUGUACAUAGUUUUUAGUGUUAUACCGUUUAUCACGAAUUUAGUUAUGUAGUAGCGUGCCAAAAAUAUUGUAAUGGCUAUUAUAGUAUGGGUUUUGGGUAUUUAGUAUGUAGAAAUGUAAAAUAUUUUCAAUUUAGUAAGUAUAUCUUUUAUCCUAAGGAACUUAUUUCAUUUAGAAUUAUGAACAAAUUGUCCUCAAUUUGUUAGCUAACUUUAAUGUCAAAGACAUGAUAACUUGUGCGUUGUUUAAAGACACAUUUCGUUCGAAAAUGGUACUAGAUAUUCAAAUAAAGUUUUUUUUUAAGAUUUAUUAAGAUUUUUACCAUGAUAACACCUGGUAUUUUAAACAAAGAAUCUUAAGUGUAACUUCGAAUUAAGAUUUCAUUAGUUACUUACUUAAAUUAUUUGUGCCUUUAUGUAUAAUAUUUUUUAGUGUUUAUUUUUUUGUGUGUUACCUUAUUAUUAUUCUAUAUGAUUUAAUUUUAAGGUUAUAUUGUAAAAUAGUACGAAAACAUCAUAUUUUACUGCGUAAGCGCAUUAAAUAUAGUUUAGUAUACCGGUUUGUCAAUGUACUUAUAAUGGAUAAUAACGCCUAUUCGAAACUCAUAAGCAAUAGUUACUUCCAUCUAAAAUAUUUAAAAUAAAAAAUGUAUAAGUAAUAAACUUUAAUACAUAAACAUUUUAUACUGAAAAUUGCUUGAUAUCCUGCCAAAUUAAGGAUGUUUCUUCGUAACAGCGGGGCGAGUAGUAAGGCUUUUUAUAAUGCGUGCUCUCUUGUUUAUUUCUAACCAAACAAAGGGGGAAAAUCAGAUUAUUCACUUUUAAAGAUUCAUACAUAAACAUGAAUAGCCUAUAUACGUCCCACUGCUGGGCACAGGGUGCACCUCGAUCAAUCGGAGGGGGUAUGGAGCAUACUCCACCACGCUGCUCCACGAUUCAAGGAUACAUAGGUUCAGUAUGAUCUACUGUGAACCUGUGUGCGUGUAUUAAACGAUUGAUUAAUGUGGAGGAAGCAAGAGAAGUGUGUCAGGAUCGAAGCAAAAGAAUUCCCAUAGUCUCUGUUUACCCCGGUGGGAAAUAGACGUGAGUUUAUGUAUGUGUGUAUUUGUACAUGUGAUUAAAUGUUAAAUAAGGUAAGGUAAAACUAUUGACUUAUUAAUUUUAUAUUUUGUAUUUUAUUAAGCUAAUUGUUUUUACCUUAACAUACAUAACAUAAACAGCCUAUAUACGUCCCACUGCUGGGCACAGGCCAGCAGGUGUUUUUACCUUAUAUUUAAUGAAGUAUCUACCCGAUAUAAAUAUUAUAGCUACAAAUAAUGAAAUUGGCGUUUUUUUAAAAGUGGCUAAGUUUAUAAUAAUCUGUUAAUAAACCAAUGUAUCCAAUCUGACCAAUUUGUUGCCAAUUUACUUUUCCACAAUUUUUACUUCAGUAUUUUUUUAAAAAAUUUUACCGCUGUAUUUAAAUCGCCACACGCCCCACUGUCACAAAAACACAACCUUACUUUUAUAAGAAAAUUAUACCUACUAUAAUCAUACUUAAUAUAUUAUUAUUAGCUAUAUUUUUUGUUCUUACAAUUUAAUAUUGACCUAAAGUUUUAGACGAUAUUUGAAUAUGAGUGGUGCAAUUUUAUCAUUUGUGUCUAAUAUUUAUAUGGUCGAUAUUUAUGUUUUGAAGACAAAAUUGGAAAGGUAUACAGGGUGUUAGUAUUCGAUUCCGUAUUCGACUGAGGGGGAUGAUUCGGCUCAUAUUUCUGAAUUAAUAUAACCUCUCAAGACCGAUUUCCAGACACAAUAGUUAAACAAUGGGGUUUGGAUUUAUAAAGAACAUUCGGUCUUAGGAGGAUAAAGUAGAACUUUCCGCCGGCGAAUCAUGGUCUGAAUCCCUCAAAGUUUUCGUUACGGUGUCACUAACUCCCUGUAUAUGUGACCUUGUGUGAGCAAACAAUAUCCACCUUACAAAUAAAAAAUAAAACAGCCAAGCAAAAUUGAAUCCAAUCAUCAUACAAUUCGCUUACUUUGCUUGACUGUCAAAUACUUAAACCCACGUUUAUCCCUGGUUUAUUUUUUAUUUGUAAGGUGGUACAUAAGUACCUAGGUAGACAAAUACUCGUACCCUAUUUGUCUGGCUAAGUAUAAUUGCCAUUUGCUUAAAUUCAUAGCGCGAUACGCCGUUCAACUUGGUACUUACUUUAUCUUCCAUUUUUGUCUUUAAAACGCAACUGAAUCGAGUGCUGGGUGGUUGUAUGUUUCGUCUAGUCAGACGCGUGACGAUCACAUUUCUCCGAACAAUACAAUACAAGAACCAUAAUCUUUAUUGUAUGCAAUAAAACAUAUGUCGUACAUUUCAAUAUAUGGUCUAUGGUGAUGAAAAUCGGAAGAUUGCGCUUUGUUUUAUUAUAUUUCACAUGUAGCUUCUCGUCAGAAUUUAUCCUUUUUUGGUGAGCUGCGGCACCCAUAUAACUUUAUGUUUUCCAACUAAAUAUUAAUGUGUGUAUAUUUAAAUGUUGAAAAUGUAUAUGUGUGUCGUAGGUUUUACCCAAAUAAGCUUUUUUAAUAUUAUUUUUUUAUGGGGAAGGCAGAGAAAAUGUCUUGCAUCUUCAUUAGAAAAAGAAUAUUAAUUUUGACUUAGAGGGGCCAUAGCUUGGUGAAAUUUUCCUGUUUAUACACAAGCUUCAAAAGAAGGUAUUCGUCGAAUUCGAAAGAGUCUUGUGUCAGCUUUUGUAGAUAGAAACAUUUGCCUAGGUAGGCCCUAUGAACAGGCAAAGGCUUCAUAUCCAUAACACUAUACAGCCUAUAAAAUACGAAAUGUGGUCAUUACGCCUCAUAAGGUUUCGGUUUUUUUGCACGGAAAGGGUUAACAGCACGAUUGUGGAAUGUAAAAGAGAACUCUAUGUAAUAUUAUAUUUUGUCUGUAAACAUUUAGUUGCGAUAGUAAUUUACACUAAUUGUUUUUUGUAAUACUUAAAUGCAACUGAAACGAUAAAAAUAUAGUGCAUUUUUUGAAUAAAA